CACCGUUCCCUUUCUUACUGCAUCGUUCUCAUAGAAUCUCUGAAGUGAGUGACCUCAGUUCCCCUUAGCGGCCAAGCAGGAGUCAGGAAUGGGCGACUCGCAUGAUCCUGGUGAGCUCCUUGCCCAGGAGCAGGAGGAGCAACCUCAGGCUGUCGUCGAGAAGCCUCGCCAGCAGCAGCGGAGCUUCCACUGGCACAGCUCGUCAUCCACCCAGCAGCAGUAUGGCGGCGGAGGGGGAGGGGGGGACGGAUGCACCUACUCGACGCAGAUAUCCACUCAGUGGUGAGCCAGGGCAGACAGGGAGACAAAUCACGUGGCCUGUAUGCUGUUGUGUUGUUGGCUCUCAGCCGGAAUGACGGCAGCGGUCGGAAGUGUGAGACGAUCAAGCGGGUGUUCAGACGGUGCCCUGGGAGGCCUCUGGUAAGACAGGCACAGACACAUCCAAUCCAGCAGGGUCGCCAUCAUGUGUGCGCUCUGCUCGUUCAGGAAGAGGUAGAGUGCACGAGGGAGACGACAGACGGGGACGACGCGCCGCUGUCAGAUGCGCCGUCAUCCUUCUCCAUCUUUGGGUCCGACAACAGCUUACCUUCGGCAGCCAUGGACUUUGACGCGUUUGCUGACCCUUCCCGCUUCUUCAACCGUGUGUUCAACGACGACGCCGGCAUAUUCGGCGGCAUGUUCGGCCCGUCCCUCUUCGACCGGCUCCUGGGUUUCGGUCAUCAGGACGGCAAUGGUGGAGUGGACGAUGGCGAUGCUCUCGGUGGCGUGCCUGGGUUCCCAUUUGGCGGCAUGGGGUGGGGAGGGGAGGGGGAGGACCCGGCCGCGGUAAGUGAAGCAGACACAGCGAGAGAGAGUGAUGCGUCAUGAGAUGAGCUCGUAUGUGUUGUGUGUCAUCUGUGUCGGUUCGGCAGGCCCCGCACCAGUCGGAGCCUCCAUCCCGCGGCGUUGUGGACGACUUCAUGCGGUCGUUCUUUGGUGGUACGGAAAGCGACACUAACUACAUCACACAUGACAGCACCACUCAUUGCAUGCCCGUGUCUGUCACUUGGUCCGUUCAGUGUACCCCAAUCAGCAGCACCGUUCAUCCUUCCCGCCGCCCAGCGCCCCCCGCGACUUGGAUGAUGACGGCGGGCAGCUGGUCAUGCAGCGGAGGCACCCCAUGGCGUUCCUCUUCCCCAGGGUAUUUUUCGUCCCACACGACCACGGCAUGCAGGGACCCUCUCAGAGGCGCAGGUGAACACAGCCACGGGCAGAAAGAGACCGGGACACGUAGCAGAUUCGGCAUUGUGUUUGUUGUUGUGUUCGUGUGUGUGUGUAUGUGUGUGUGUGUGUGUGUGUGUGUGUGCAGGGGUGAGGAGUAUCCAGAGGGGUGCUUCGAGGUCUGAUCUCACGCCAAGCGAUGUUUGCUUUUUGUGGGGGCCGAAGGCUACCACCCGAGACAGUUGGCUGGACGCCUGUGUUUCUCUGUGUUGUGUACUGCCGAUUGCUUGCCGUGUUGGUUGUGUUGGCGUUCCGCUUCCAGUGGCGCUGAUGGCUCUGCCUGAGCCCGAUGCUGCCCUCCUUUCGGAACAGCAUCGGGCUAGCAGUCCGUCACCGUCUGUGGAAGCGGGACACAUCACACGCACCACUUUGUUCAUGACGAAACGAGGGAGAAAGCAAGUCUGUGUCUGCGACGUUCUCAUUCUCGGUUCUCUCUUCUUCGCGGCUGGUGGCGGACGGUGAUUUCUGUGAGCCCAGCGCAGUUCUGGACGCACAGAACUCACUUCUCGCCAUGGACGCACAGAAGGGGAGCUGAGUCUUUGAGAGGGCUCAUUCAUUCUUGUGUUCAUGUGGGUGCCGAGGCAGUGAUGAGGCGUGGCGGAGAUGACUUGGGUGGGUGUGACUCGACACGACACCACACGACCCCGUGACUAAGUGACCAUUUUGUGUGAAUCUGACUGACUUCACGAAUCGAG